AACUUAUUAAAUAGGUUGUGGAAUGUCAGUUUGUGCAUUUGACUUUGAUGACAUUCGGAAAGAAGACCCUUUUCGUGAUCUAGGAUCAAAUGUGAAUCCUAUAACAUGGCCGUCAGUGCAUGUUGGACAUUGUGUUCUCUCCUGGAAUAAAUAUUUGAUUGUCUUCGGAGGAUUUACGACAAUAUUCAGCAGGAAUGCAGGGUUUGAGGGCGUGGAUGACUCUCGAUACCACUCAACGCGCAGGCUGUGGUUUUACGAUGUAGAGUCAUGCGAAUGGAUCUUGGAAGACACCUAUGGAGAAUCACCGCCUUCCCUUUCAUCGGCUGCCUGCGCCAUUGUUAACGACUGCAUCUAUGUGUUCUGCGGGUACUCAAAGGCGAACUAUUACAACGAGAAAGCCUAUAGACUAGACCUUUUAACCAAAAUUUGGCGCCGCGUCUUCCCGUGCUGUGAUCAACUCUUGUACCCAAUCACAGAGCCGCACCCCUCAGGAAGAGACAAAUUAUCAAGUUUUGUCCAUCAAGGUUCGAUUUACCUCUUCGGGGGCUAUGGUUCUGUUCCUUCGUUCUCUUCAGAGCUAUACGGCCAUUACAUUAUGGACUCAGACAGAGAAGCAUUGAUGGAUCUAAAAGCAUGGUUCAGCUGUCUAGUUAAAUUCAGCGUUGAAACAAACCAUUUUAGCUUGGUGCCUACGAAAGGCGAGCAGCCUCCACCCAGAGCAGCAUGCGCCGGCUGUAAAUUAGGAGAUACGUUUUACAUAUUCGGUGGGAGGUUAUCCAAUGACAGAAUGAAGGAUUUUUAUUCGCUAGAUAUGAAAACGUUCACAUGGUCGCGCAUAUGGCGUCGCAUCGAUGACCAUGAGUGGCCCAACGGUAGGUCAUGGGCAGUCCUGUCUCCGAUAGGUCAAUUGAGUCAGAAUCUAUUGCUACAGGGAGGGCUCGACUCAAGUGGAAACACUCUAAGUGACUUCUGGGUCUACAAUAUACCAUCAAGAAAAUGGAAAGAGUUGACCUCAUUGAAGGCUCGUCAAUUCUGGCACGCUGGAAGCACAAUAAAAGAUUCGGUCUACCUUUUCGGAGGCUUCAAGCAUGCCAAUGUUCACUCGAGAUACGAAGUGUCAUCUAGCGAACUGAUGAAGGUCUCAAUCACACCUAAUACAUUGCACUCUCUUGCAGCAGAGUCAAUUGCCACCUUUAUUGUCGCCAGUCACGAGAACUACGAAAAUGACACUAGGUGGAAUCUACUGAACGAGUUUCUGAUGCCGAAAGAUAUUACUUUUAUCCAGAAAACGGCAAAACGCCUAUUUUACCUCAAGUGUCACAAUGCAAAGCAAGCGUUCAGUACGCCACCCAGUUCAGCUUAAAGCAUUAUUAAUCUUUGCGCUGUCAUAUUUCUUAUAAUCUACCGGCAAUAUACAAGUAUAAACUUGCGAUUUUUAGUUAUCCUAAAAAUAAAUGGAUAUGAAUUUUGUUUCAGUUAGAUAUAGUUUUUAGAACCAAA